AGCACAAGCAGGAGGAAGUGGCCGCCAUGUCUGAUGAUGUGAAAGCCGAGGCAAUGACCAACCUAAAAAAGCUGGUUCGUGACAGAAGGAACAUCCCCGUCGUGGCUGUGCCCCAGUUCAAACGCGUGCCUGACUUCUGGGGAUGGUACAAAUACUUCAUGGACAGCCACAACCAGGAGGGAGUUGAGGACCUGGAUCGUCUGUAUGUGGCCUACCUGCAGAACAAGCACAGGUCAGAGGAGGGACCAACUUUUAACCACUACCUCAACCACCUCAGCGAAAUCUACAAGACCUGUGCCGAGUCUGAAGAUCCGGAGUGCAUCGCCGAGUUAACUAGCAAACCAAAGGCGGCUGUGGCGAUGCCUGCCCCCAUCAAGUCUGCUGAUGUCAGGCUAUGCAACCCCUAUACUGACCCCUACUGCAUGUUCCCUGUUACCAGCAAAUCUGCAGCCCCUGAGCCACCUUCAGCUCCAGCCAAAGUGCCAGCGCCUAUCUAUACCCCAGUGCCAAUGAAGAGCCAAACUGGUUUCUACUACUACGCUCCUGUCCUGGAGCCCUUCCUGGGUGCUGAGCAGAGGGCUGAAUUGCUCAGAAUCUGCCAACCUGAAGAUGUAGAGUGUCUGCAGUACCACCUGAGAGCAGCCUAUGGAUACCGUCCAGCCCAAGGUCCAGCUCCAUCGUAUGCUGCCCUCAAAUGCAACCCAAAGGAUCCCUACUGCAUGGCUUCCCUGGUCCAGAAAUCUCCUACUGGCUUCUACCACUUGAUGCAACCCAGCUGUGACCCAGCUGUGGAUCCUCUGUGUGCAACCAACGCUCCCGCUCCUCUGGCUGCUAAGGAGCAACACUGCAACCCCCUGUUUGAUGCAGGCUGCAACCCCCUGUCUGCUACCAGGCUGGCCAGCCUGACCAAGCCUGUGGUGGAGUACGCCCCCAUGAAUCAGCCUGCACAUCCUGCUGCUCCUCUGUCCUGUGACCCUCGCUACGACCCAUACUGCAUACUGGCAGCUGCUGCCGCUCUGCGCAAACCCCCUCCACAGCUACCAGAGCACCAGGUACGCUACAAACUUGGUGUCCGUGGCAAGACCAAGGAGGGCUACGACUGCUAUGUGCAUUAUGACAAAGACUGCAUCCCAGUCGAGAGUAGUCGUGAGGCCAAGGCUGACGUCAUGACUCCAGCCAAGCUCUUCUGCCAUCCAUUUGACCCCAACUGUCACAAGUUUGCUCCACCCUCUGGUGCCAAGGCCAUGAAAUCAAGUGAGGAUGGCAUAAUCCUGCCUGAUCCAGAUUGCGAUCCUGAAUACGACUACAACUGCCGCCUGCGUCGUGCUAAGCCCGCUGCCGCAGCCGCCGCUGCAGAUGAGCCAACCAAGGAGGCUGCUGGUCCACAGCUUGCUGUUCCACGCUUCGAAGAUUUCCUCAGGGGCGUCAUGAACCAGUACAAAUAG